AUGUCGAGUAAACGAAGUGAGACGGCCGCGUUGGUCAAGAAGCAGAGAUCCAAUGCUGGUUCCAACGCUUCCAAGGGCUACUCGAGGCGCACUGCCAGCAGUGGCAUGGAACAAAGUGUAUUUCGGUUCAAGGAUGUCAACUUUGUGGUAGGAUCUGGAAAGAAACAGAGAAAUCUACUGAGCGAUAUCACUGGAAAGGUCCGGUAUGGACACGUCCUUGCCGUGAUGGGACCGUCUGGUGCCGGGAAAACGACUCUGAUCAGCGCCCUCACAUUGGAUGCAUUCUAUGGAAAGCCAUCUGGCAAAGUCACUUUGAAUGGAGUCAAAUUGACAGAUUCUGUUUUCAAGCAACAUUGCUAUGUCAUGAAACAGCACGAUAAACAUUGGCCGUAUCUGACUUGUCGGGAAACUCUUCAGUAUGCUGCAGAACUCUACAAUGUGUCAGCCAAAAAAGAUAUUCCCUUGGUGGUGGAGGAAAUCAUUCAAAAAAUGGGUUUGUCAGUUUGUUCCGAAACUCGGUGUGCCAGGUUGAGUGGAGGCCAACAACGCCGCCUUUCGAUUGGAGUUGCUCUCCUCAAGCAGCCAACGCUUCUCUUUCUCGAUGAACCCACUUCGGGACUGGACGCAGCUGCUGCAGAGAAUAUCAUGCAGGAGAUUGUUCGUGUUGCCAAAGAGGAACGCUUGAUCAUCAUGUGUUCUAUUCACCAGCCUUCCACAAAGGUAUACAACGGAUUUGAUGAGGUGAUGAUUCUAUCCAAGGGACGCGAGGCCUUUUCGGGUCCAAUCAAGACUGCACCAACUUACUUUGAUAGUAUUGGAUACCCCAUUCCAGAGCAAAUGAACCCUGCUGAACAUUUCCUAGACUUGGUCAACUCGGAUUUCUCAUCGCCGGAAGAGGUUGACCGAAUCUUGAAUGAAUGGGAGGAAACUAAUCCUAAUCGUGCUGGUUCUGUGCAUGGAACGGACAACGAUGAUGACGGCCAGAAAGGUAUUGCUGCCGGGCUACACCGUAAUCCUUGCACCGACAUGAUGAUUAUGUUUCGCAGACAUGCACGGUUGAUUGUUCGGGAUCCAGUCCUUUACGUCGGACGUUGCAUUAUCAUUCUGGUGACAAAUGUAGUAUUUGGGUUCGUCUACUGGAGCGCUAGAGUACAGGAGCAAGCCCAGGCUCCCAACAAGCACUUUAUCAAUAUUUGGUUCGCUGGAGUUGCAACGAACAUGGGAGUGGUGGCCGUGUAUGCUCUAAAUGAUGAAUUCAAGAGCAUCCUUCGUGAGAGCAAGAACGGGAUGGUCUCGCCAAUGAGCUACGUGAUUGCCAAGUCGGUGAUGGUUCUGCCUGUCAUCUACCUUACCAGCCUCUUUGCGCUGAUCAUUCCCGGCUUUGUGAUUCAACAAUUCCCUUGGUCUUCGAUCGUGCCUGGGACAUUGCUGUGGUCGGCGCUCUUCUUCUGCUUCGAAAAUCUGGCGGAGUGUUUGGCAGUUUGGAUUGACGAUCCGAUCAUUGGGAUGCUUCAGUUUAUGAACUUUUGGUUCAUGUGUUUUUUAUUCAGCGGGAAUUUCCUCAAUUCAGAGAUCAUGUACUGGCCUUUUGAGCUCUUCUAUCACAUUCUUCCUUUUUCAUACUAUCUCCGCUCGGCGACCUAUACCUACUUGCACGACAUAGAAUGGGAUAAAUGUGUGGGCGGCCCAUCCGCUGGACAACCAAUUUGCGUACCAUCUGGUGAUCCUACCGAGGUUCUCAAUUCGAUGACUUUCAUCUACAGUGUCGUUGACGCCGAGGACCACUAUUUGAGAGAUAUCAUUGUCAUUCUUGGUAUUGCUGGAGUCUUCAAAAUCGUUUACCUUAUUGGCGUGUUCUACAAGACUCGGCGAGUGGCUGCCAUCAAAUAG